AUGCACUCAAAAGCAACCAAGUUCGAAUCCAUGCGCGAUGUCCCAGAUAUGACGGACAAAAUUGCCUUGGUCACAGGGGGGAACUCUGGCAUUGGCUACGAAACCGUCAAGGUUCUGUUCGCGAAAGGCGCAACCGUGUACCUCGCUGCCCGGUCACCCAGCAAGGGUAAAGAAGCCAUUGCUCAGCUUGAGGGCGAGGUUACCGGUCAGGGGAAGGGAAAACUUGUCUUCCUCGAACUGGAUUUGUCGGAUCUACGCAGUGUUCGCAAGGCAUCUGAAGAGUUUCUGAGCAAGGAAAAACGACUAGACUUGCUUUUUAACAAUGCCGGAGUUAUGAUACCACCAACUGAGCAGCUGACUGCUCAAGGCUACGAUUUGCAAUUUGGCACAAACACCCUUGGCCACUACUUCUUCACAGAACUCCUUCUCCCCGCUCUCACUGCCUCGCAUGCUCAUACUUCCCAACCUGCUCGUGUGAUUCACACAACCUCCGAUGCCCACACCGGUGCCGCCAAACGAGAGGUUCUUUUCGAUUCGCUCAAAGACGGUCCGAAACGAAAUGCGUUGAUCAAAAAGUGGGGACGGCUCAAAGCGCCUUGGACGUUGUACGGGUCUAGUAAACUUGGCAACAUCGUUGUUUCGAACCAUUACUCCUCGACCCAACCACCCGACGUUCUUGUUUCGUGCUCUCUCCAUCCCGGACUGAUUCAAACGGGUCUUCAGCGCAACGGUCCCGGUAUCAUGAAAUUCAUCACGGGACUUGCCUUCUCGCCGGCGCCAGUCGGUGCCUACACGCAACUUUGGGCGGGGACAUUCGCAGCACCCGAGGCUGUCAAUGGGAAAUACUUCGUCCCUGUUGGCGUUGAGACUGCUCCGAAGGGUAGAACGGACGAUAAGGAGCUUGCGUCAGAGAUAUCCGAACGCCAACGAUGGGAAGGAGCCUUGUGGAGGACCACCAUGCUCUCUUGGUGGGUUCCUGAGCCCACCACCCGUGGAACGUAUGCUAUCAUUUCAAGCUGCGCUUUGACGCUCUUCCUCUGUGUUUGGACCGCAAUCCAUGUCAACAUCCCUGAGCAUGCCGCCCGUAAGCGCCAUUUGCUGCGGAAAGUCGGCUGGCUCCUGCUCGGGCUGUUUUUCCCCGAGUUGGUGACCUUCAUCGCUUGGAAUCAGUACCUGCAAGCGAGGAAUCUGGUGGCGAGCUUAUCGCCUCCAACGCCGAAAACUCCACUAUGGAAGAAGGUUAAGGUGGCUUGGAGAUGGAUUGCUUCGAAACUUAGCCUUGGCUCGUCCGAGUCAAAGGCAGAAAAAACAGACGAGGAAGCGAUGCCGAUGACUAAUAUGAAUGAUGAGGUUCAGGAGCCAGUGCCGCCAUCCAAUCAAGAAAGCAAGAAAUCGAAGUCAUGGUGGAAGAGCAUUCGAGGGUUUCCUGUCUCCCUCUGGCGUUUGAUAUUCGCAGCUCGAACCACUAAAUCAGCAGAUUGGACGCUCGUUCAUGGCUUUUACACCGUCAUGGGCGGUUUUGCGCUCGAUCUUUCUUCCGAAUCUACGGUCCAUCAGCCUUUUUUCUUCCCGUUAGACAGUGAUCGUCUCACCCUGACACCCAAUGGAUUGCGUUUUCUCCUCGCACACGCGCCGGAGUGUGUUCCCCGCGUCACAUCAGAAGACAUUCAGGACAAAAGCAAGGCGGAUCUGCUUACGAAACUGAUAUCGCUCAUGCAGGCCGCUUGGUUCUGUCUCCAAUGUAUUGCGCGGGCAGCCCAACACCUCUCAGUCAGCCCUUUAGAAGUUACCACGGGAGGACAUGCGCUUUACACGCUGGUGACCUACGUGCUAUGGUCCAAGAAACCGAAGGACAUUACUCUCCCGAAUACCAUCAAGGUCGGGGACAAUCAGAAACUACGUCAACUAUGCGCCUACAUGUACACGUGCAGUUAUCUGUCCCGCUUGUCUCUGUCAAUCAUGGCUGGGGACAGACUACGGGAUUUCAGUGCUUUUGGCCUUGAGGAGCCGGUUCUCAGUGUUGAAUGCAACAUUAUCAGCAUUCAGACGAAGACUCCCGAAUUGCCGCCAGUGGCGGAGGGCUCGUCUGCUGCUGUCGGUGCACCACAAGCAGUUGAGGACACACCGUCUGCCUUCGGCGAUGAUGCCACAGUCGCGAUUACACUCUCCAAGGGCGAGUAUUUCCCCAAUACAAGUCUCCAAUUCCAGUUUGUCAACCCGAUCACCUUUCGCGACCAGUGGAAUCGUACCCGGCAAGCAACCCUGGUAUGGGAAGCACUAUUGUCGAACCCCUCCUUGGACCUUGUGCCAUGCGACUAUGUCGUUGAACGCGCGCCGAAUGUUCCGACUUUCUUUCCAGAAGACGCCUCGCUCCAAAUGAUUCUUGGUUUUGUCGUCGCAGAAGCGCUAUACGCUCUCAUUCAUGCCUCCGCGUGGAACACGCUUGUGUGA